CCCAUCUCUCGUCCCAGGCGUUCCAAUCUGCACGGUGUGAUCGGACCCACACCGUCCCCCGAUGCUUGUGUGUCAUGAGGAAGAGGUGGACCCACACGAAACGCGGUUGUUCUCCCUCCUUUAUAAGACACCGGCGAGCAGCGAGUGUUGUGCUGCGCCUCCCCUUUCUCCCUCCCCUCCGUGCUAAGUCCUCCGAACUCCGGUAGAGAUGAAUGGCGCAGGUGAUGCCGCAGCUAAGAUGGAAAGGAAGACGGUGGAGAAGAACAGGCGAAUGCACAUGAAGAGGUUGUGCAUGAAGCUCGCCUCUCUCAUCCCGAAAGAGUACGCCACCAACUCCAAGGACAUGUUGAGCCAAGUAGAUCACUUGGAUCAGGCGACCUCCUACAUCAAGGACCUUCAAGGAAGGAUCGAAAGGAUGAAGCAGAGGGGGGGUAUCAGGACGAGCGCGGAGGGAACUAACAAGGACGUCGACAGAGAAAUGACGACGGAGUUCAGGUUGCCGGUGGUGGAAGUGAGGCACCAGGAUCUCAACCUGGAGGUGGUUCUGAUAAGUGGGCUGGAGAAGAGGUUCAAGUUCCACCAGGUGAUCAGUGUCCUCGAGGAGGAAGGAGCAGAAGUUCUCAACGCCAACUUCUCUGUUGUGGGUGAAAUGAUCUUCCACACCAUCCAUUCCCAAGCAAUCAGCUCCAGACUUGGCUUGGAGGCAUCGAGGGUCUCUGAGAGAUUGAAGGAAUUGAUCCGAUGAGCUCUUGGGGUGUCGCAUCUAACUCAGCUGGAAAAUUCCCCUUUUAUUCCUAUGGAAUACGGAGAGUGAAUCCACCUUUAAUAUAGAAUAUGGGCAUACAUCCAUGGGGGUGUCUAAAAGGAGAAGAAAGCAAAAAGAGAAGUGAAGCUGUUCUUGUAGUGUUGGGUUGACUUUAGUAUUGCUCAACCCGCAGUGGUUUCUCUUUACAUCUCUGCUUCUAAUAGGAAACCCCAAAAUGUAGUGGACUGCGGCAAUGAGCAGUGGAUUUGAUUAGGAAGGCUGAUUAAUUAUGAUUAUGAUUACUGUUAA